AUGCGUCGAGUUUGGUGUAAUUUACAAAGUCAUAUAGUGAAAAUGGCAAAUCUUCCUCCGCGUAAAGUGUCUUCCUCGAGUAAAGCAAAACAAGAUGCUUCACCUCUUCAAAUUCUUUUGCAAAUGGGAUUUCCGAGGCACCGGGCAUUAAAAGCACUGUCUGCGACAGGCAACCGCAGUGUCCAAUUGGCGUCUGAUUGGCUUCUGACUCAUGUGAAUGAUGCCUAUAUUGAUUCGGAUGAACCAAGGGAAUACAUCUUCUAUGCCAGUCCUACGGGACCCUUGUUGAGCCAGCUCCUGGAGUUCUGGGACAAAUCUAAAGAAAUCUCUGGUUGGAAUGGAGCACACAAUUUCCCGCCUCAUAUUACUCUUGUUUCAUUCUUUAAGGCUCCAGAUGAAACUUCCCUGCAACUAGGAAAAGCAGUAAAACAUGUUGUGGAGAAGGUGGGAGAUCCUCCAAACUGUCCCUUAAAACUAGAGCCCUAUGUGUCACAUAACUUUAUGGCACUGUUUGUGUCGGAAGAACAUGCAGAUUACUUGAAAAGAAUAGCUGUACAGUAUGUUAAACAAGUCUCCUCAGUGCUGGGUGUUAUGGUGGAUACAUAUGAACAUCUGGAUGCAUUGGGAACUUGUUUCCCAUGGUGCACCAUGCCUCAAGAGAAGCCUAUCAAAUCGAUCAACUUGGAAGCGCAUGUGAAGUCCUUACAUAUAACAUUGGCUUACCAUUUUGAUGUGGCCGCGUAUGAUGCUCUGAAGGCAUUGGUGGAUGACAUGCAACCUUCGGACCACUCCAGCUGGGAACUGAGGCUGUACUCCAGAGAUCCAAGAUUUGCAAACCACCAGGUUCAUAAAGUGACUCAAGGUUACGCGCCUAAAGCGAGCGAUGAGCUUGAACUAGUACUUGGCGACUAUAUUUAUAUCGAAGAAAAGGAAUUCGCUAAUACGUCUGACGGCUGGGUGCAUGGUACAUCCUGGCUUACAGGCGUCAGUGGUUAUUUGCCGGCCGUGUUCACCCGACGCACAGCGGAGUCUGACGCUUGGACACUCCAUCGAGCAAUAUCACUUGGAAACAGUUCAGAUUGUAAGUCCGAAUCUGAUUCUAAUACGGACGGCGAAAUGGCGAGUAGUUACCCUCAUGAAGACGCUGCCCAGUUGGGUCAUGAGAAGUCUGAGCAGACAUAUGAAGAAUGGGGCAAGUAUUGGACUGCUGUCGAAACCAAUAAGAGUGAUGGGAUAAUGGACGUACCGCAGAAUGUUUCCAUUGAUUGGAAGAGUAAUAGCAGCAAGUUUGGAACAGAUUCGUAUGUUAAUAAAACCGAUGAGAAACAUCGUCGCUGGCUCUUCGCGAUGCGCCAUGGGGAGCGAGUGGACCUCACGUACGGACAAUGGGUGCCUUUCUGUUUCGACCAAAACGGCACUUACACCAGGAAGGAUUUGAACUUACCCCUGAAGCUGGGGGAGAGGACUGGUGGGGCGGAUUCUUACAUGAAAGAUACUCCUUUGACGCGAGUAGGUCGUUUCCAAGCGCAACUGGUGGGCGAAGGACUGCGAAUGGCUGGCAUACCCAUCAAGCACGUGUACGCAUCGGCUGCACUGCGAUGCGUUGAAACUGCUCACGCUUUCCUUGAAGGCCUUCAAGCUGAUCCUUCAGUAAAAAUCAGGGUGGACCCUGGUCUCUUUGAGUAUAAGAUGUGGCACAUGGCUAAGGGAAUGGCACCUUUCAUGACUCCCAUGGAGAUGUACAAGGCAGGCCUGAACGUCGACCUGAGCUACAAGCCGUACGUCGACUUGGAUGUGAACACCACUGAGACCAUCGAGGAGUUCUACAAGCGGACUGAGAAGGUUAUGCAGUCUGCUGUUCGAGACACUGAAAAAUCCGGUGGCAACAUCAUAUUCGUCGGACACGCAGCAACACUGGACUUAAUGGCAGUGUCGCUUAAACUUCUCGAUGAGAAAAGAACCGACCACAAGCCCUACAAAAUCCAUGAGAAUCUUCUGAGAGUGCCGUACUGUGCCCUCGGAGCGAUGAAGGACAACCCUUGGGAGGUCGUCUGCCCUCCUUGCCCUCCUUCCAUCAACUCAAGCUCGGGAAGGUUCAACUGGAAGAUGCUUUUAGACGUUUAA